AUGAAAACGGGUACUGCCACUGGGCCUGGUGGCGGGAGCUACAGUGAAACGAUAGACCUCGGUGAUGGGGAAAUGCGCGUGGGAAACAUCCGUUUUAACGAACAGAAUGUGCUCGGCAAGGGUUGUAGGGAAACGUCCGUGUUUGUGGGUAGCUUCGGGGAUCGGAAAGCGGCGGUAAAACGUAUGAGAGCCGACUGUUUCAGGAUGGCCGAUUGCGAAGUGGCGGCACUGUGCAAGAGCGAUGAGCACGAGAAUGUGGUGCGUUACUAUUGCACCGAACAGGAUCGACAGUUUCAGUACAUUGCCAUCGAGCUGUGUGCCGGUACGUUGGAGGAUUACGUUGACGACAAUACGCCGCCAGCGAUCGUAGGUGCAAGGACGAUGCCGGUGUCACUGCGAGAGAAAAUCUUUCCCCUCGAUAUCCUGCGCCAAGCCACGAAAGGAAUUAUACACCUCCACGGACUGGGCAUCGUCCACCGGGACAUAAAACCGCAAAAUAUUCUGCUCUCCCUGCCCGACGAUCGAGGGUGCGUGCGGGUCAAGAUCUCGGGCUUUAGUCUGUGCAAGAAGCUGAACUACGGAAAGGAGAGCUUGUCGCAAAACUCGGGUGUGACCGGCACCAACUCAUGGAUCGCUCCUAAAAUGCAGUUUGGCCAGCGUGUCACCAUCUACCUUCUGCAGACAUUUGGAAUGCAGUCGCUGAAGUCGAAGAACUACGUAAAGGAGCAGUUCGCAUGGCGCCACUACUACUGGUACCUGACCAACGAAGGCAUCGAGUAUCUGCGCGCCUAUCUGCAUCUGCCGUCCGAAAUCGUUCCAUCGACGCUCAAGCGUGCAGCACGCUCAGAGCCGCAGCGGGCCCGGCCACAGUCGGGACCGCGUCCGGAUGGUCCGAAGUCUGGCGAAGACCGACAGGCCUACCGCAGAACACAGCAGACAGGUCCCGCGGACAAGAAGGGGGACGUCGGUGCCGGAACGGGUGACCUAGAAUUCCGUGGUGGGUUUGGUCGUGGAAAUCGCAUGUAAGCCUGUUUCUGAAUUUGGCCGUGAAAAAAUCGCAAAAACUAUGAUCGCAAGAACUAUGCCUGUUCUUCUCUACUGUAGACUGGUCGCGAAAAUCGCUAGCCCUCAUCGCUGCAUUCGUUUGGUCCAAAAUUCGUCACUUGUAAUUGUGUCAUUUGAUGAAUAAUAAACCAAACAACAUUAAUCCACGGAAAAGAAACCGUCAGUUCUAUAAUUCUGU